AUGAAUAAGAAACUCAAAAAUUCUCAAUACGAUCAUUUUAUAAAGUCCUAUGUUUCCGUUUUCAAGGGUGCCAAGGAGGCUGCCUAUGCAAAAGGAAAUGAAAAUUGGAAAAAGUUCAAAGUUUUAGACGAUCAAGAAAAAAUUGAAAAAGAAAUCUAUCGAAUGACUUUGGAAUAUAAAUCAAAACAACCUCAAUCUUUAUUCGCUGUAUGGGCACGUAAAUCUACCGGAAAUCAAAUAUCGUUUACAACAAAACAAUCGGUUAAUAUUACAUUUGAUUCAACUAGUGUCGUUGAUAUUGGUUCUAAAUCUCCAGGAGCUGGUUCCUCACAUUCAACCAACUCAUCACAACGCAAAAUAAUAUGUCAUUCUCAAAUAACUACACGUAAUGAAUUAGAUCAAACAGUAUACAAAUUAAACAAUAUUCGUCAAUUAAAAGCUACUAACUUGCUAUCCAACGAAGCUGAAAAAACUUUGAAGUUGUUAGAAAACCAACAAUCAAAUUAUGAGAAGAAAUUGAAGCGUCUCGAACAAAUACGUAUAUUUCAAGCUAAAUUUCGAAGAAACCGAAAACUGAAAUUAAAAAGAUUAAUAGAAAAGCAUCCAAAUGUUGCUGCCGAAUAUAACCUUGCUUUAUAUAAUGAAAGAGGACAACCAAGUGUUGAAGAAUGUGGACAAAGUAGUCUACAAGAUGUUAUUAUUGAAAUUGCAAGUCGAGGUGCUGCAGCAGAUCCUUCCAGAAGUUCAAAUUUAAUUGCUCCUUGCAUGAACCUCGAUGAACUUGUUGAACAUUUGAAAUUACGUGGUUUUAUUCUUAGUCGUUCAACAACAUAUCUACGCUUGUUGCCACGAAGAUCAAACUCUACUGAGGGGAAAAGACAUGUUCGAACAGUACCUGUACGACUAAAACGAUCUUCUAAUGAUGAACAUAAGAAGCAUGUAGAUCAAUAUUUUGCGAUGAAUACAAUUAAUCAUUUAAAAACAUUGGCCAGUAUGUUUGGUAGUGAUGCUGUGUUUUUUUUAAGCCAAGAUGAUAAAGCUCGUGUGCCAAUUGGCCUGCCUGCUGCACGUAAACAAGCCCCAUUAUUAAUGCACCUCGAUUACAAGAUUUCGUUACCUGACCACGACUUCGUUGUUGCUCCUGGUCAUAAACUGAUUCCAUCCGUAUACGCUGCUUGUACAAUUAAUAAUAAGAAUGAAGUGACCUAUUCAGGUCCAACUUAUAUAUCAAUUAGAUCUGGUAAACACGACUCAAGUACAGCAGAGACUCAUCAUCGGGAUUUCUCAUUGUUAUUCGAAUCAAAAGAUUUUCAAUCUGUGAUGAAGUUGAAUGACAAGUGUAAGCCGAUUGUGAUCGUAUGUGUAGAUGGUGGACCUGAUGAAAAUCCUAGAUAUUCAAAAACAUUAGUUGGUGGUGUUAACCUAUUUAAAAAAUAUGAACUUGAUUGCUUAUUUGUAGCGUCGAACUGCCCUGGCCGAUCAGCCUACAAUAUGGUCGAAAGACGAAUGGCACCACUUUCUAAUCAACUAGCAGGAUUGAUUCUCCCUCAUGAUUAUUAUGGUACACAUCUCAACGAUAGCGGGAAAACUAUUGAUAGUACCCUUGAAAUACAAAAUUUUAAACGAGCCGGUACGCUUAAAAUAUACAUUAGUUGGAUUACAAGCUUUGUUCUUCAAUUUUUAACUUUAGGUGAAUGUUUAGCAGAAGUUUGGAAUGAACUUACAAUAGAUUUUUACCCAGUUGCUUGCCAAUAUAUAGAGCCUGUUGAUGAAAAAAAUUCAUUUUCAUUGGAUACAAAUGAUAUUGAUCUCAAUUGGUUACAACUACAUGUACGUCAAUCACAAUAUUUAUUACAAAUCAUUAAAUGCAAUGAUUUGAAUUGUUGCUCUUCUUGGCGAACUAAUUAUCCUAAAGUUAUUUCACAAAGAUUUUUGCCUCCGCCUUGCCCCUUCAAAUAUUCUUCUAAUGGACUUUGCGUUGCUGAAUUAAAUGACAAAGAUGGUCGUUUUGUCGACCUACUCCAACUAUUAAUACUGAAUAAUAUUGUUCCAGCAAUCGAUAUGGUUUACGACUACGCAUGCCCAUCUGUUCAAAAUGAACUUGCAAAACGUACUUGCCCAGUGUGUUUUUUAUAUCAUGCAUCAAUAGCAACAAUGACGCGCCACAAACGUUUACACAACUCAAAAUAUUUAGUGAAGCAACAGAUUAUUUUGCACUGGAUGACGCAAAUGAAUUACAAAGUAAUUCAGAAGAAAUGA